AUGGAAUUUUUAACGGAAUCAAUUGAAAUCACGAAAUCAAAUUGGAUAAACACCAUAUGCGUUUUGCUUGCUCUUUACACUUCGCGAUUCUACUAUCGAUACUUUACUCGACCGGAUAAAUGCCCCGGCCCUAUUCCACUACCAUUUGUGGGCAAUCUUUUUCAACUACUGAAAAUCGAAAAGAUUCAUCGCGGAUUGCAUCGAAGGUAUGGAGAUGUCUUUGAAAUGUAUAUGGGCGGAGAGAGAUACAUAUUCUUUAACUGUGGUGGAGACAAUUUGUUUGAUAAAAUUGCGAGCAGCUCGACGAAAACUAAUUAUUUCAAUCGGGUGUCAACAAAUGAAAAUCUCGAAGAUUUAGGCUUCGAAAAAAACGGUCUAGUUGCGAAUCGUGAUCCACGUAAUUGGCGAAGAAACAGAAAAAUAUUAUCACACAUUAUAAUGUCCACGAAAUUUCUUCACGGUCUCGUCAUGAAAUGUCAAGACUUAUUUCUUGAAGCAGAAGGAUACUGGGCACAAUUAGGCCACAACACAGAACUCGAUUAUUCAAAAUGGUCAACGCAUUUCGUCACAGACAUAACCAUUGAACUUGCAAUUGGUGAACGCGCGUAUUCCCUAGCAUCUUACUAUAAUAUGCUUUGCUCUACUUUCUUCAAGAGCAAUAAUAAAGAGGAAAUAGCAGAAUUUCCCACGUCGUUAAUAAAUCAUGCUGAAGAAUUUAACAAAAAUAUUAUGCAAUGGCCUAUUUCGUUGUUUUAUAUUGCGUCAAUUCCUUCUUGGAUGAGACAUUACGUGCCAGUGUUUAGUCACUUUGAUAGAAAAUGUAAAAGGAAUUUCACGUGGAUGAAAAAUGAAAUGGAAUCAAUGAUUGCGAAAAGACAAAAGGAAACCAACGAUAACAAUGAAAAGAGCUUGGCGAAAACUGAUCUCUUGACUUUACUAAUGACGAAUUCCGUCGAGGAUGAUAAUAAAACCGCGUCGUCGUUCAUGGAAGAGACUUCACAAACUGUCAUUGAAGUAUGCGCAGCCGGAAUAGAUACGACUGCUGCAACUUUUUGUUUCCUGAUCUAUUUGCUUGAUAGAAAUCCACAUGUAAAAGAAGAACUUUUAAAAGAAUUCGAAAGCGUAUUAGGACAAGAUAUUUAUCGUCCAUGCACAUAUGCCGAUUUAGGAAAAAUGCAAUAUUGUGAAGCUGUAGUAAAGGAAACACUAAGAUUGAUACCACCUGUACCAUUCAUACCAAAAUUCGCUAACGAGGAUGACGAAAUAAAUCAAUAUAAAAUUAAAGCCGGAACAACCAUUUGGCUAAAUGUGCAACAAGCACAUGCAUCAGAUUGGACCGACCCAGCAGAAUUCGAUCCUUCAAGAUUUCUAAAAGACUCGUUCUCGUCGGAAACUGACAAGUAUUCAAUGAAAAAUUUUGUUCCUUUUGGUGUUGGUGUGAGAAAGUGUCCAGGGAUUUUGAUGGCCAUUACAGAGUUGAAGACAUUAACGGUGUUGCUGUAUCGAAAAUAUGAUGUUAAAUUGGCUGGUCAGUCAAAAGAAUUGAAUGCAUCAUAUGCUGGUAUUACACAAUGCCAUGAUUUGAAGUUAGACGCAAAGAUGGAUGCUCAAAUUGGCGAGUUAAAAGGACUAAUCGGUGGUCAA